AUGGACUCCUUGGAUAAUGGGUUUGGAAAGCAGGCAAAUCAGGCAGCAGCUCAGAGAAGUGCGUAUUACAAGGGGAGCGCAGUAAUCCCUAUUCAGCACAUUAUCUUCGAUAGGGAGGAUAUAGUCGGACAAAGAGAGUUUGACCAAAAGAAUCUUGAUCGGCUUCAACGGAUCUUCGAGAUUGAGGGGUGUUGGAACCUUUACCCAGAGUACCGCAUUGCUGUUACCAUCGACCAGUCAGAUCUUGAGUGGUCACUUGUUAAUAACAAUGUUUCACUCGAGGUACUCAUGGAUCCUAGAGAGCAGCCUUUCCUAAACUUCCGCAAUGGCACAAAGCUAAGGUGUAUUUACGGGAAGCAUCGUAUCAAGGCGUCUUCUAUGUGUGGUGAGACUACAUGGCUUGUUGACCUUUAUCUUGGAUGUAAGUACGGCAAUGUAUCCACUCAUCCCUUCGAAGAAGCUAAGGUUAUCCAGCAAUACCGUACGAGGCACUUCUCUCUCUGCAAGUAG